AUGAUCUCGGACGCCUACGGCCAGCUGGACAUUCCCAGGCCGACGCUCGACGUGCUCUCGGUCCCGAUCCCGAGCAGGCACCUCAAGAUCGCGAAGUCGGCGAGGAAGCCCAAGCGCCAGGCCGCGGUCGCCGCUUCGCUCCGUGGUUCGCUGUACCCCGAGGACCUGGUGGCCACCAUCCACCGGCGGUUGCGCAGAUGGGGCGUCGAGUGCUCGCUGCCCAUGCUGCGCGAGAGGUGGCCUCCGCUGCGUAGCAAGCUGACGGAGGUCCGCCCUGCUUGGAUGUGGUCGUGGAUGCGCACCGCGGUCAACGGCUGGACGACAUCGCGUCGCAUGAGCGCCGUCAUCGACGCGCGUCCAUGCCUCUUCGGCUGCGACGAGGAGGACGCGCUCGAGCACUACAUCGCCUGCCCGAUCCUCAGGGCGAUGACGGCGGGCGACGCGGGCGCGGACUCCCUGGGCAACGGCCACGAGCUCCUCGGCUUCGGCGACGAGCAGUACCACGCGAAGCGUCCCAUCAAGGAUUGCAUCUACGCGGUCGGCCUCAUGUGCCAGUGCUACCACAUCCAGAAGCACCGCAUGGACGUGGGCCUGGCCGCUGGAGCUGACCAACGGGCUGGUGUGAGACUGGCCGCAUUGCAUCGCAUGCAAGCAUAG